UUACAUAUAAUCAGUCCGGCCGUCAUGUCCACUCAACAACUGAAGAUUCCGUCAGUAACAGAAGAUGACUUGCGACUCUUCCACGACAAACACUUUUCCUCCCUGAGCUCUGGAUCCUCCAACAGGCCCUAUGAUGCUCAUGUAGAAGUCGAGGAAAGAACUGACGAUGACGGUCUCGGCUACUAUCCCGACGGCGUCAAGCGCACACUCACCGACGACCAAAUUGCCAUGUUCAGACACAGUGAAAUCCAAACUCUGCUACGAGAGCGAAGGAGAAAGCGCGAGACCGAAGAAGGCGAACUUAGCCCCGCCGCGCCUAGCAAAUCCACUCAGCCGGUAGGUGACAUCAGCCAACCAGACACAGCCGAAGACGCGGUCAGGCAGCGCUCUGCAAGCACCACGGGUUCUCAAGGCGUAGGCAAGCGGAAAUGGCAACGGUUCAUCGAGUCGUCCGAAACGAAUCCAGAGUACUUGACUCACCGCAGGAUUGCCCGCGAGUUGGAUGAGCAAAAGGCAAGUUCCAUCGACUUGGCGUAUGGUGAUGAAGAAGAAUCUACUUCUCCGGCUGUCGACAAGCAACCAGGGCCAGCUACGGCGNCACAACACCGCCGAAAACAGGUCGCAUAUGGUGACUCGAUUGAGUCUGUACCAGCGCAGCCACCCUCACAAGGCCCUCACAAUCCAAAUUUCAUGUGGCCGACGUUAGAAGCGAAGGAUAGUUCGGGGGACUGA